GUGAAAAUAUAAAGAAGAAACAAACAUAUAUAUCACCAGUAUUGUUUCUAGUUUGAAGGUAAGUUCAAAUUUAAUCUGAAGAAGAAGAAGAAGCCAAAUGAGCGGAGAGGGGAAGGUGGUAUGCGUGACCGGUGCUUCCGGCUUCAUAGCUUCUUGGCUCGUCAAGCUUUUGCUCCACCGUGGUUACACCGUCCACGCCACCGUUCGCUGCCUCAAGGAUCCAAAUAAGGUGUCACAUCUUCUUGCAUUAGAUGGUGCCAAGGAAAGACUGCAUUUGUUUGAAGCUGACUUAGUUGAGGAAAACUCUUUCGAUGAUGCAAUUAAUGGGUGUGAAGGUGUUUUCCACACAGCAUCACCUGUUUCUUUUUCACCAUCUGCAACUAAGAGAGAACUAGUGGAUCCUGCAGUGAAAGGGACACUAAAUGUUCUUGGAUCUUGUGUGAGAACACCUUGUGUGAAAAAGGUAGUGGUGACAUCCUCAACAGCUUCAAUUUUUGUCAAAAGAAAUCUUAUAACACCGACUGAGGUAGUCGACGAGACUUGGUUUUCUGAUAAAGAAUUUGCAGAGGAAACAAAGCAAUGGUAUAUCCUGUCUAAAAUCCUUGCCGAGGAAGCAGCAUGGAAAUAUGCAUGGGAGAAUGGGAUUGACAUGGUUUCAUUGCAUCCUUGUCUUGUGGUUUCAUUGCAUCCUUGUCUUGUUAUUGGCCCUAUUCUGCAACCAACUCUUAACUUUUCAACCAAGGUGAUUCUAGACCUCAUAAAAGAGGAAAAGGAUUUCUUUCCCGGAAUCAAUUGUUAUGUUGAUGCUAGAGAUGUUGUAAAUGCACAUAUUCAAGCAUUUGAGGUACCUUCUGCCCGUGGAAGAUACCUUUUGAUUGGUGAAACAAUACACUUUUCUCAGGUUCUGAAGAUUGCAGGCCAGCUUUACCCUUCUCUUCCCAUUCCUGACAAAUAUAAAGGAGACUUGCCUGUAAUGCCAACCUUCAAAGCAUCCCAGAAAAAGGCAAAAAGUUUGGGCAUCAACUUUACUUCUUUUGCAGUGACCCUUAAGGAUACUAUUGAAAGUUUAAAGGAGAAAAACCUCCUCAGCUUCUAAUUUUUUUAUUUCAUGUUGCUUUUGUGGCGUUGUUGAAUGUCUGUGAUUGUUGAAUUUAUGGCGUAAUAAUAGUUAAAG